CAAAAAAAUACGCGAAAGUGCUUUCCUCACUUUUUAAUUUUAAGUGCGUUGAUUGAGUCCUUUUUUUAAGUGACUUUUUAAUUUUAAGUGUAAUAAAAAUGUGGGAUUAUUAUUAUAGUAAUUAUUUUAUUGAUGUUAUAAACGGUUUUUUGUGACGUUUUUCUAAAUUAAUAUCUACACAAUAACAAUUUUAGAAAUAAUUGCCUAAAUUCAAUAAACAUGGAAGUGGAAACGAAAAGAAAUUCCGAAUACGAACAAAUAAAUCAACUUUACGACGAAUGUCUCAAUUAUUUGAAAGAAAAUAAACAUUUCGUGGAAGCGCACAGAGCUUCAAUAGAAGACCCGGACUACGAGACAAUAAAAGACCAAAAAGAAGAGCACCAGAAAGAAGAACAACAUAACGACACUAUUGAAGCAAAAACUGUUUUUAAACUUGAGAAUGAAAAAUCUAUGGAGAGUCUAGAAUCCGUAAUCUCAGAACCACGGUCAGAAAGACUUCGAAAACUAUCGAAGCAGCUACCGAAAAUAAUAAUUACACAAAGCACAACAAGUCUUAAUUACAAAAAAGAUGAAAUAAAAAAGAAUUUACGUGGGGAAUUGUCGAAAAGUGAUCGCGUUUUGCCUAAGAUUGAUAGACAUUCACCACGACCGGAUUACAGUAUGCCCGUUAUAAACCACCACCAUCAGAAUGCAAAGAAUCUUGAUGGAGGUUUGAAAGACCGUGACAGCAUGUCAAGUAUGGAUCGGAGAAUGCCAAAAUCCAUGAAACCUUAUAACCAUGUACCCAGUGAGAAGAAAAAGGCACUGCCUCACAGUGACUUCAGGCAUCCGCAACGCACUCGGCCGGGGUAUGGGGACCACCCCAAGCGCCUGGUCUCCAAGACUGGCAUGGAGAAUAUAGCUCUCAUAUCCAAUGUGCCAUUCGAGAAGAUACGACUGCUGAAUGAUACUUUUCAUACUUUGAUCAAUUUGCGCUGGCGUUGGAUCGUCAUCGGUACAAUAGUGGUCCACUUCGCAAUAUGGCUGGUGUUCGCAGUAUUCUGGUACAUCACCGCCCUGGCUCACUACGACUUCGAGCCAGACGCUCCCAAGAAGACCUGCGUGACUGGAGGGAAAGACUUCGUGACUAUAUUCUUGGCUUCCGUUGAAGCACAGACAACGAUUGGUUUCGGGGACCGUGCUAUAGAUGAAGAAUGUCCAGAAUCCAUAUUCCUAUUCAUCAUGCAGUUAAUUCUGGGUACUGGUCUAUCAGGAGUCCUGACUUGUGUCGUGUACGCUAAGCUGACUAGGCCCGAGAAACUCUCCAGAGAUGGUGUUGGUUUUAGCAAAAAGGCUGUGAUAAGCAUGCGAGAUGGCCGACUGUGCCUGAUGAUUAGAGCAUGGGACCUCAACUACGAUCACAUCAUCAGCUCCGAGUUCACUGCUCAUUUUGUCAAUACCUACAGAACGAAGGAAGGCGAAGUGAUCCGGUACUACGCGCGCUGUCUCACCCUACAGCAGCGUCAAUUCCUCCUCUGGCCAGUGACGUUGGUGCACGUGAUUGACGAGACCAGCCCUUUGUUUGGAUACACACCCGAACUCAUUGCCCAUAAUAGCUACGAGAUCACAGUCAGUCUGAAAGGUGCCUCAGCAUCAAUGGGAACGUUUACUCAGAGCCAGACCUCUUACCUGCCAAAAGAGGUUGUGUGGGGCUACAGGUUCCCUCCUGUCGUGAAGUAUGACAGUCACAAGCAGAAGUACGUCAUCGAUCACAAGAAGCUGGACCUCCUGGAGCCCGUCGACACUCCGCACUCCUGCGCCAGGGAUAUUUAUCGCACUCCUACACCAAUAAAGGAACCACCUCCUACUCCUGGCACACCGAGCAACUUCAGCGAGAAGGUUUCCAGUUUCCAACUAGCGCGCUCCUCGUCUUUCAGGCAGAAUAAGAAUAAUAAAAGUUAACAGAUCCUUUUCUUAUAAAAGUUUCCUGUUCGCGUUUGUCUGUAUGUAAAUUAAUUCUUGAUGUACUGAACCGGUUUUUGAACAGCUUUUUUAUCUUUCUUCUUUCCAUCCUUCACUAUCAGACAUCACUUCUUCUUUUUCAUACCAUUUCCUACAAAAUUCAACCCUUUCUUCUUUUAUCUUUAUGAACUCUUUCUUUACAAUUUACAUUUCACAAUUUCCUAAAAUAUUUAGAUACAAUAUAAUUAAAGAACUCAACAUCUAUGCAGAUGUAAAUAUUUCAUUAAAUGUUGUCCCUACGUAGUCUAGUAUAUUCAUAGUCAUAGGGAAACGAGUACCUAGACGUUAUACCUGAUGGCAAGCAAUUGGGCCCGCCCAUGAGGAAAACAAGAAAAGUCAAAAAUGCAUUAGAAGAAGAAGUGCAGUUUCCUUGAACUUUGAAGGUUGUGUCGGUUCAGAAAUAAUUUAAUGUGUUCCAAUACCAAGAAGAGAGUCAUUUAGGCCGUAUAUUAUAAAGAGAUUAUUAGUUUUAUGAAAU